AUGAAACUAUUACAUUUUGCAGCAAAAGUUGGUUCAUUAGAAUGUUUUAAAGAAAUACUCAAGUAUUGCGACCUAAAAGAUAUUGAAAUUGCCAACCUUUCUGAAGAAAUUCUUAGGGAGGCCUUUAUUGGAGGAAACAUUUCUAUAAUUUCCAUUUGCAUUAAUUAUUUGGACAUAGAUCCAGAUAACAAAUGCAUUGAAAGUGCUGUUUCAACUCACCAUAACGAUAUUGUUUCCUUUUUCUGUGAAAAGUAUCCUUCACUAAGCUAUUCAUGGGAAAGCUGUAUCAGUUCCCUCAAUUUUGAGAUGUUUUUCAAAAAAUUGUCAGCAAGAAAUUCUAAUGAAGCAAUAUUUUUAAUAGCCAAAGUUAAUAUUCCAAUUCUUACUGAUUAUUUUUUAAUACAAGACAUCAAUUUGGAUAUCAAAAACUCCAAAAAUGAAACUUUACUGAUGCAUUGCGCAAUUCAUGGAAAUUUUGAAUUGGCUAAGCAAUUAAUUAAUAGAGGAGUAAACGUAAAUGCGAAAUGUGAUGAUCAAAUAAAUGCACUAAUGUUUUCGGCAAUGAAUAAUACAUAUAAAGUAGCACGUGUGCUUUUAUCUUGUAGUAAUAUAGAUUUAUAUGAUACAGCGUCUGAUGGAGCCAAUGCAUUAACUUUAUGCGCGUAUUUCAAUUCUCCAGAUGUAGCAAAAGUUUUGAUUAGUUCAGGAUUUGAUGUAAACAGACCAGCAAUCCAUGGAUAUACACCAAUUGCAAUCGCUGCAAUGAAAAAUUCAUACAAAACUGCUAAAGUACUGAUUAAAGCAAACUGUGAUAUAGAAAGAGUCUUCGAUAACGGAUUUGAUUCAUUAACUCUCGCCAAAAUAUACAAUUCAAAAGAUGUUGAAGUUUUAUUGAAUCAUUGCUAUUAUCAUCGCUAUGGUGGCUGCGGUAGUAAUAUAAAUAGAGGAUGUCUCAUAGUUUAA